AUGGCUGGCAGUGCAUGGCUAGGAUUCCAGCAAAGUACAGCAGAUCAUACACUCUUUGUUAAGAAGACUUCAUCUUCAUUCACAGCUCUUCUUCUAUAUGUGGAUGAUGUCCUAUUGACAGGCAAUGAUAUAACUGAGAUUGUGUCAGUGAAACAAUCAUUUCAUGCUCAGUUUAGGAUCAAAGAUAUAGGAGAAGCCAAGUGCUUCUUAGGAUUGGAGAUUGUCAGAUCUACUACUGGGAUUGUUCUAAAUCAGAGAAAGUACACUUUGGAACUCAUUUCAGAUUCUGGUUUGCUGGGUUGCAAACCUGCUUCUACUCCAAUGGAUCACUCUCAUAAGCUUGGAGUAUCUACAGGAAAACCACUUGAUGACAUUGGUUCUUAUAGAAGGCUCAUUGGCAGGUUACUUUAUCUCACAACUACAAGGCCUGACAUAGCCUUUGUUGUUAACCAACUCAGUCAGUUUUUAUCUUCUCCUACAGACCUUCAUGAGGCAGCAACUCACAGAGUACUGAGAUACCUCAAAGGUACUCCAGGUUGUGGUCUUUUCUAUCCAGCUACAUCUUCUACUACCUUAACUGCAUUUAGUGACUCUGAUUGGGCUGGUUGUGUGGAUACACGAAAGUCUAUCACUGGCUAUUGUGUGUUUCUUGGUAGUGCACUGAUUUCAUGGAAGUCAAAGAAGCAGACAACCACAUCUCGUUCGUCUUGUGAAGCAGAGUAUCGGGCCAUGGCAGCAACAGUGUGUGAGAUACAAUGGCUCAAUUACCUUCUUCGUGAUCUAGAAGUUUUUCAUUCUACUCCUGUAUCAAUGUAUUGUGAUAAUCAGUCAGCUAUGCACAUUGCUCAUAACCCAAGUUAUCACGAAAGGACCAAGCAUAUUGAGCUAGACUGCCACAUAGUCCGUGAGAAGCUUCAACAAGGACUCAUUCAUCUUCUACCAGUGUCUUCCUCUUUGCAAAUUGCUGACAUUCUUACAAAACCUUUGACUCCUGCCCCAUUCCAUAGUAUCUACUCCAAACUGGGGAUGCAUAACAUCCAUUCUCCAGUUUGA